AUGGAGCUGGCGACGAUUCAAGACGAACGGCGCCUCGAGAGCGAGCACGAGAGGGUGGUGCAGCAGCAGACCCAUCGACCAGUGACGACGCGUGUCCGGGACGCCCUGCGAAGGUUCACCCAGCGACAUAUUGUUGGGAAAGUUCGCGAAGAGACCGCGGCCGUGUUCAACCAAGACGAGUAUGCGACUGAAAGAGCCAAGUACAUGGAUCUCCUCCACCAUGUGAAGGCUCAGGAAGGAUCGUUGAAGCAACUGGCGCAGUGUGUGUCCCAGCUUGGCGGCGCGAUGCUAAAUGUCGGCGAAUGCAAUGCACGGAUCAAGAUGGACCGUUCGGACACUCGAUUUGCCGACAUGAUGCGUCAAAUCCAAGGCAAGACGAUGGCGUAUGGCCCAUCGUUGGAGCAGCACGUGCUCCCCCAGCUUCGACACCACGUUGAGCGAAUGGAAGCAUUGUUGCCUCAAAUGCACCAGCGUGAAAACCUCGAGUCGGACUACUUCACGGCCGUCCACAAGCACGAACGAGCGAAACGCAAGGGCAAGUUGCAAGCCAUCAAGGAGACUGGCCAGCAGAUGGACGCCGCGCAGCACGCGCUGGUGGUUGUAACCCGAGUCCUCUUGGCGCAAUUCAAGAUGGUUCAAGCCAGUAAGGGCCGUUUGACGGAGGAGACGCUUCAGCUCACAUGCAGAUCCAUGGGACACCUCAUGCACCAAAUGAUGACGCUAGCUUCGGUUGACACGGCGCCAUGA